AUGCUUCGUGAUAGUGGACAAUACACUGAGGACCCUGCGGAAAAAGGAAACACAGCACCACUAUCUGACGAACAAGAGAAUGACGCUGAGAUGACGCUGCAGUAUACCCAAUACGAAGGCGGUGGCAGCGGGGCAACCCCGCACGUCGCCGGUGACUCUGAUAAGAUGCCAGAGCAGGCGGAACACGAGAAGGAUGGCAUAUUGGGGUUACUGAAGAAGUGCGUCGUUACCAUCAUCCCGCCGGGCGGUAUCGUUGCGAGCGCCUUCAACUUGGCGUCGUCGUCGCUUGGCGCUGGCAUCCUCGGACUCCCUGCAGCGACGAACAGCAGCGGACUCGUAAUGGCGCUCUUGUUCCUCGCUAUCAUCACGUUCCUCACUAUCUUUUCUAUGAGGUGCCUCGGCAUCGCGGCGCAGCGAACACAGAUCCACACCUUCGAGGGCGUUGCGCGUGUGCUGCUGGGCCGUUGGUUCGCGUACUUCGCCGCCGGCGUCCGUGCGUUCCACGCCUUUAGUGGAUGCGUCGCGUACGUGAUUAGCGUGGGAGACAUAUUCUCUUCCAUCAUGAAUAACAGUGCGAGUGUACCGGAGUUCCUCAAGACAACUCCAGGCAAUCGAGUGCUGACGUCAGCUGUGUGGCUCUGUAUUAUGGUUCCACUUGUUAUUCCGAAGCACAUCGAUUCACUGCGCUACUUCUCCACCUUCGCCGUCACUUUCAUGGUGUAUUUUGUCAUUGUGAUCGUCGUGCACUCGUGCAUGAACGGUCUGCCGGAGAACUCCCACAACAUCAGCGUGGGCAAGGACGACGACGCCCUAGUGGUGCUCUUUAAUACCGGAAACAAAGCGAUUGAGGGGCUCGGUGUCUUCAUGUUCGCAUAUGUUUGCCAGAUUAACGCCUACGAGGUGUACUGGGACAUGGAAAACCCCACACUAACCAGGUACACCUUGGCCGCAGGACUGGGAAUGAUGCUCUGCUUCGUGCUGUACGCUUUGACCUCCGUAUUCGGCUAUCUCGACUUUGGCAGGGAGGUGACCGACUCUAUUCUACUCAUGUACAACCCUAUUGGGGAGCCGAUGAUUAUGGUGGCGUUUGUUGGCGUUCUGUGGAAGUUAUGCGCCUCAUAUGCGCUGCUCUCCAUGGCGUUCAGAAAUGCGAUCUACCAUAGCAUCGGCUGGGAAGCUGAUAAGCUUCCCUACUGGAAGCAUAUUAUUGCUGUCCUCGUCUUUGCGGUCAUUAUGCUGUUGUGUGGCCUGUUCAUUCCAAAGAUCAAGAUUGUGCUUGGCUUUGCAGGUGGCAUCACCGGCGGCUCGCUUGGAUUCCUCCUGCCGGCACUAUUUGUGAUGUACUCGGGGGGCUUUUCCUGGAAGAAGGUUGGUGCCUUCGACUACAUCUGCACCUACAUACUGCUCCUCUCUGGUGUCGUUGGUAUCAUCUUUGGAACAGGUGCCACGAUCUACGGCACAGCAGUCGGCUAG